AUGGGAGAAAGCAACAAUAUCACAGAAUUUGUCCUCCUAGGCCUCACUCAGGAUCCUGUUGGUAGAAAAGCAUUAUUUGUCAUGUUUUUAUUCAUCUACAUUGUGACAAUGGUUGGCAACCUGCUCAUUGUGGUGACAGUCAUUACCAGCCCCUCUUUGGGCUCCCCAAUGUACUUCUUCCUUGCCUCUCUAUCAUUCUUAGAUGGUCUUUUCUCUACUGCUAUUUCACCCAAGUUAAUUAUUGACUUACUUUAUGAUCAAAAGACUAUCUCAUUCACAGCUUGCAUGAGCCAGCUCUUUAUAGAACAUUUAUUUGGUGGUGUCGAUAUUGUCAUCCUGGUGGCAAUGGCCUAUGAUCGCUAUGUGGCCAUCUGUAAGCCACUGCAUUAUUUGACCAUCAUGAAUCGAAGGGUUUGCAUCACUUUGUUGAUGUUUGCCUGGAUUGGAGGUUUUACACACUCUCUGAUUCAAAUUGUCUUUGUAUACAACCUUCCUUUCUGUGGGCCCAAUGUCAUUGAUCAUUUUAUUUGUGACAUGUCCCCAUUACUGGUACUUGCAUGCACAGACACUUACUUCAUUGGCCUCACUGUCAUUGCUAAUGGUGGAAUUGCUGCCUUCAUUCCUCCAAUAAGAGCACCUCUGUGUAAAAGCUGUGUCCAAGCACAAAUUCAUCUCAUAUCCCAUAGAUCAUGGAGAGACUGUUCACAUCCUAAGGGAAAACAGAAGCAUUUUAAUCAGGCCUUCCAGAGAAAUCAGCAGUUUCUAAGUGAAAGGGGAGUAUAUGGAAGAAAAGUAAAAGCAGAAAGUAGUAAAGCCUGGUUUGAUGGCCAUGAUGUCAUAGGUCCUGCAGAUUUGAAUUAUGAGGGCAAGAAUAUGAAAAGUAAGGAUGGGAAAGAAAAAGUAAAAAGAAAUAAAAUAUUGGUCAACUAA